AUGUGCCGUCAUGUCUUCAGUGAAUCUAUCGAAGCCCUUCUCUGUUUUUCCAUCAUAGGGGCCGGUACCUACCAUCCUCUUGUUAUCCUCCAUUUCUGCAGGCCUUUGUCUCUUUUUACAAUCAUAUUCUUGAAAAAUUUCUUUAUAUCUAUUCGGCCCGUCCUGCCUACAACAAAUUCUUCUGACUCGCCUGUUUGCCACCGCAGAUCUCUUCUCAUUUGCCAUCGUCCGCAGGCGUUAUUCUGCCCUUUAGAAGCCAUUAUCGGCCCACGCACCGUCUCGAACUGCUGCCUUCAGUAA